CCUAGGUGCACAUGGUUUCGCUGGAUUCAUUCUCAGGAGUUCACUUGCUCAGCAGAAGGCUCACAACACUACAUCACCACAGCAACGGAAACACUUCACAGACUUGAUGGCAUACUAUCUUCACUUGUUGCUCCUUUUGUGCGGCAUCAGUGGACUGUUGACUGGAACUGGGGCUUUUGUCAUUAAAAGAGCUAACGAAUGCCCCCCGGAAUGGACUCGUCUGGAGAGCCGCUGUUUCCUAUUUGUGAAUGAGAGAUUACGAUUUACUUUCGCUGAGACGUUCUGCAACCUUCUCGGAGGAAAUCUGGCUUCAAUCCACAGUUCUCUUGAAAAUGAAGUAGUUCGACAUGUAAUUGCGGCAAAGGCAGGAAGUUUUGAGCGUAGUUGGACUGGACUGCACGACCGGGUCGAGGAGGGAGCAUUUAUAUGGACAGAUGGCACAGAGUUUGACUUCGAUAACUGGGCUAACAACCGGCCAAGAACCACUGGGAACCAGGACUGCGCAGAGAUUCUCUCUCAAGGACGAUGGAAUGAUCGGAACUGCAAUAGUCGGAUACCGUUUGUUUGCGCCAUAGAGUUGGACCCUUACUAGAAGACUUUUUGAAAGUGUUCUAGUUUCUUCCACUGGUUUGAUGGCACUUUGAUGGAAACAAUCAGUUGUUGAAAAUUUCUGAGUUGUUACUAAAAG